UUCCACUUGGGUUUUAUUUAAAGAGCAGUAAUGAAGAAAUUGUUCAAGGACAGCUGGAUGUCCAUACUCACACUGCUCUGUCUCAUCAUCCAUCCAUCCCCCACCCCCACCCCCACCCCAUUUCUCAUAAAUCUUUAGGCAACCCCCCCAACCCUUCUGCUGCUUCUUUGGGUUUGAUUGAGUAAUCAUGUGAAGAAACUUUGAAGACCCUCCUGCCUAAUUAACUUCUUCUGUUGAUUUCUUGCUUCUUCUACUGCUAUUGCUGUUGGCUUCUCUUUCUCAACUUCUCUCUCUCUUUCUCUCUCUCUCUCUCUAAAUUUUAAUUUUUUUUUAAUUUUGCUGUUUUUGGGUUGUGAAUUUCGGUUUUGUUUUGGAUGUGUGGAGCAGGAAAUGAUUAAAAAAGGGUGUAGUGAAUACCCAGACAGUGAAAAAGUCUACACUGCACAAUCAUGUAUAAUUAGAUAGAUAGAUGCAUACAAAACUGUGCCCUGUUCUUGAAUAAAACCAGUGAGUCACUGAUCGAUCCGAUCUCCCCUUCAUAAAACAUGUGAGAGCUUGGGGUAGUGGUUGUUACUCGUUAGAUGUGAGUGUGAGAGAGAUCUAUAGCAUAGAGUUAGAGAUAGAGAUAGAAGUAGAGAUAGAGAUAGAGUGGGUAGUGUUGUGUUGGUUCUAAACUCGUGCUGUGGAUUCAUCAUCAUCAUCAUCGUCAAUCAAGAAUGAAGAGACUGAACAGCUCUGAUUCUGUGGGUGCUUUGAUGUCCUCCAUUUGUCCCAUGUCUACAGAGGAUGGGAAGACGAUGACCAUGGAAGGUAUGGAUGAUGAAGAAUUGGGACAUGUUUCGGAGAAGAAAAGGAGGCUGAGCGUGGAUCAAGUCAGGGCAUUGGAGAAGAAUUUCGAGGUGGAGAAUAAGCUGGAGCCGGAGAGGAAAGUUAAGCUCGCGGAGGAGCUCGGAUUGCAGCCCCGGCAGGUGGCGGUUUGGUUCCAGAACCGCCGCGCACGGUGGAAGACGAAGCAGCUGGAGCGCGACUACGCCGCCCUCAAGGCCAGCCACGAUUCCCUUUUGCACAAAUUCCAAGCCCUCCAAAGGGACAACCAAUCUUUACUCAACCAGAUCGAAGAGCUCAAAUCAAAGAUGAACAAUGGAGACGAUGGGAGAGCAGCAGCAAUAAUCAAAGAAGAGGCAAAGCCCCAUGGUAGCCGCGAUGGAUUUUCCGACAGUGAUUCGAGUGCAAUUCUGAAUGAGGACAGCAGCAGCCCCAUGGCCAUGGCUGCCAUAAGCGAAGGGAUUCUCCAUCACCAGGUGCUCAACAGCAACAAUAGUAACAGAUUGGUCAGCAGCUUGGGUGGGGAUGAAAACGUCCUGGAGGAUUCGCAGAAGGCGUAUGAGCCGCAGUUCGUGAAGAUGGAGGAGGAACACAGUUUCUUCGGGGAAGAAAGCUGCUGCAAUGGAAUAUUGUUCUCUGAUGAGCAAGCUCCCACCCUGUCAUGGUGCUGCUGCUCUCAUCAAUGGGACUGAUUCACCCUGAACUGCUUUCUCAAUGCAACCCAGCCAUCCAUCCAUCGAUCAAAUCUAUUCCCAAUAACUGAAUUGAAUUGAACUGAACUGAAGUGAGCUGAAGAACAACAGCUAAUAAGAAGAAGGGGAUCAAUUUUGUAUAGCAAGGAAGGUGGGGAAUGUACAAUGAAGAAUGAGAGAUGUCUGAGUCGAGUCGAGGAAAAGUUGUGUAAUGGUGAUGGGAUUAGGACGACAAUGGAACAUAAAAAUAAGAACAUGACUAAAAUGUGGUGACGAUGAAUCAAUGACACUUGUGGUUUCUUCUCUCCA